GCGUCCGCCCACGUGGUUGAAAGCGGCGCGUGGACCCGGAAGUCCGUGACGCUCCUUCACGAGUCCCGCACGCAGCCCGCAUUGUUGACAUUCGCGGCCUCUUUCUCCCCGCUCACGAAAGCUGCCGCAAACGCGACACGUCGCCGCCGCCGCAUCCCUUGCCUUCUGUCAUUAAAACUUCCCCCCUCCUCCCCAGCAGCGCCUCCAAAUAACAAACAAACAACAAUCGCCAGCAAACGGUCAUCCCCCACCAACCCACCUAUGAACCUACCACAUGGCAAUUGUAUUUCGUAGACCGAACGCGCAGAAGCGCGCUGUGAUUGGUGGACGCGGGCGCGAGGUGGGCCAACGCGCGCCUCCCGUUGGUCAGCGUCUGCGCGUGCGGCCAAUGGGCACACUCUACGCUCCGCCGCGCGCUUACGCGCUCCAGUAAAUACAAACGGUGGCAGCGGAUAGCAACAACAGCCGCAUCGACCUCCGGCGCCUUUCAUCGUCGUCUUUCUCUCACCGCCGCCGCCGCCGUCGUCGUCGCCGCCGCCGCAGCCGCCGCCGCCGCUUCUCAUGGAGGACUGGGCGCUGCUGUCGCUCAUCGCGGCGCUACUGCUGCUGCUGCUCGGCUCGCUGGUGGGCGCGGCGCUCCACUCGGGUCUGUGCGCCGCCGUGGUGGUGCGUACCGGGUCUCCGCCCGUGCGCGGCCUCACCGUUGCCUACAAGUACCGCGUGGGGCCCUACCGACAAAGCGGCCGCCUCUACACCGAGGCGGCGAGCAUCGCGCCCAGGCUGCGCUCCAUAGGAGUCUACUACGACGACCCCGCGCAGGUGUCACCAGAUAAGACCCGCUAUGCCGUGGGCAGCAUCCUGAGCGAGGGAGGAGAGGCCCCGUCGGAGGACCUGUGCAAGCUCUUCGAAAAAUUCGGCUUCCGGAUCGUCUCCUUCCCGGAGGUCACGCACGUGGUGAAGACCACGUUCCCAUACACCACCUUCCUCUCCAUCUUCCUGGCCAUCUACAGGGUCGGCCCUGUGCUGGGCAACUACAUCAAGGAGCGCAAGCUGUGCGCGCACCCCUGGGUGGAGAUCUACUGGGACGAUGUCAUCCACUACUUCUGCCCGCUGGCCAAGCAGGUGCAGUUCUACGUGCCCGAGAUGGAGGAGGCAGCGCGGCAGCAGCGCGAGGAGGCGCCGCGUGCACCCGACGAGGCCACGGGAGACACGUCGAGCGAGGCCAGCUCCUUCACCUGCGACUCGAGCACCAACGCCACGCGGGACAGCGUCUCCACUAUGACGCGGGACAGCGUCUCCACGGUGACGCAGGACAGCGAGAGCCAGGCCUUCGCUCCGCGUGGGCCGGACAGCGAAAGCGGUGGCAGAAAGGAGGAGGACGACUGCCACGAGGAGGAGGAGGAUUACGACGAGGAAGCAGGCGCAUCGCUGUCGGCCGCGGCGGCCGCGUCGGCGGUGGCGGCAUUGGCCGCGAGCAUCGGGGCGGUCGGCAAGGCGGCGCGGGACGCGGACGGGGACGACAACAGCGACCGGAGCGAGUCGGGGGCGAGCGGAUCCUCCUUCGAAGAGAUCACCGCCGAGGAGGACGGCGACAAGACCGAGACGCGAGCCAAACCCCCUGCCCCGCAGAAGGACACCGCGACGGAGCCGGCCGAGCUGCCGGAGGUGCAGGCUGAGCUGUAGGAGCGCUCUCGCCUGCUCGCUCGUUCUCUCGCUCGCAACGCGCACACGCACGCACGCACGCACGCGCACGCACACGUAUCUCCAUCGCAGUUAAUUUUCACAGGGGACGAGUUAGAAAAUUGUAGUGCGUAUACCUGCUUUUUAUUGUUGAAACGAAACCGCAAAAUAAAUUUUUGUCAGUCUUAUUUGCCCAGCGAGUGAGGGCCUUACUUACAGUGAUGUUGAUGUGCCAGCAAGGGAUCCGAAACAAGUUACUAACAAGGGAUACAAUGCUCACACAGUGUCUCUUAGAGAUGCCAACUUUGAGAUCUAUGAGAGACACAGAAUAAUACCUUUCAAUUGAUGGGGUUAAUGUAAAAAAAAAAUCAAUUAACCCUUUCCCGUUCCAAGACGUCUGCAAGUUGCAGGGUGGGUCCCGCUCACCGCUGAAUCUCGGAACGUGCAAGCGGUUAGCGUUAUACAUUUUUAGAGAGGCUAUGCGCCAUUAUUUUUAAAGACACUGUACUCACCGCAGAGAACUGUAGCAACUCGACCGCACUCCAUGAUAGCUGGCGCCAAACUGUGCCACACGCCCUCCUGCAUGGCCUUGUGGAAGCCUCGGUACCCAUAAAGUUAUUUUAUUUGUUAUUCUGAAAUAAAAAAUGAUGACGUUCACGUACGUCAUCGGAAUGGGAGAUAGCUAAUGACUUACCAUGCUUGGCCGUCCGUCAAGAUUAUUCCACAAUUCUACUUAGUUUCCCACUGUCAUUGCAAAAAAUUGUUCGUUUGUUGAAAUUAUCUGGCAUGGGCCUGAACCUUUGCUUUCUUAUCGGAUCUUAAUGCCAGUGAUGGCUCUUGACAUUUCCACCUUAGCGGUGGUGUAGCUCGGCUCUGUAGCAUCGUCACCCCUGAGGUCCUGUUGAGCAUUUUAUUCCUUUGUCUUAUUUGCUUGCUAUAUUUUUUCAUUUCUCAAUUCCCACAGCCAGCAGUGGCCGAUGGCAUGGGGGAUAAACGAUGGCUCGGAAGCGGGCGACUGUAAUAUCGCCGGCCGUGCAGAGCGCGAGGAUGCGAGUUGUUUACUCGAGGUGUCUCUGUUGGGUUACGCCCGUUGCGCGGAAAUUUGCUAAAAAAACCUUGCAGCAAGCAUCGGCACCGUGUCCCCACGGAGCCCAGCUGCAACGCGUUUCCACUGGGCUGCAAUGGCUUGACUGGCAUAGCCACCUUGGGGGACCACAGUUUUGUGUGACGCACGGCUUUGCCCGGCACAUGCCUUAGCACGCCCCACCGUGCCCCUCUUUCCAAUUGGUGGCAAAAUUGUUAAUUAAGCCGCAAUUGUAACAACAUUUUACCCGCUGCCGAAAAAAUAUAUAUCGAGGGCCGGCCAUUAAGCAUGACCUGACAUGCAGGUAGCUCAUUCGUCGUACGCACAGAUGCCCUAAUUAAGUUGUCUCUUGUUUUGGCGAUGCUUAAGUUAAAAGUACUGCCCUCUGCAAAUUCGCAGCCAUCCCUUGUUUAAUAACUAAUAAUAUUAGAGUACAUUUGAUAUUUGCCUAAUUCCUAUAGCGCUCGACUAUAAUGAAGAAGCUGUGUUGUGUAGACAGUGUGCAGAAGUUUCGCAUUAGGGGGCGAUGUUGCAACGUGUAAUCCAAAUUGAGUAAUUUGCGGGUAAUCUUUCAAAUAUUGCUAAUUUGGACGUUGACACUGACACACAAUGGCCGGGUAUACUUGUAUGGUAAAUACACGCCCCUGUAAUAACCACGGCAGCCUGUCAGAUUUGAAUCGCGAACCUCUGCAACAAGCGGCGAACACGCUUGUUACCUCUGGGCAAUGUCACCUCCAUAUGCCGCCGUUGUUUGUUGCGUUGUGGGGGUUUCUGUUGUAAUUCGGUAGAAAAGCUGUAAUGCACAGCUUCAUGCAGCGCAGCCAAUUGUGUUUAAAGCUCUUGUCUUACUGGAGUAUGUGAUUGGCAGUCGGUCCUCCGUAGAGAACCCACGGUUGAAUCUCUGCAGGUGGGAGGGGCGCGCAAAAUUACGGAACAAUUUCAAUUCACGCUUCCAAACAGCACGAAGAAAAAUCAUGGCAGAGCUUCAGCUUCCGCGUGUCCUGUAAUAAACCGUCGGAUUUGAACGCAACCUGCGAGUCUGGACAUUUUCCAACAGAAAUUUCCUGAAAAAAGGAAUGAUUAUAAAUGCAGUCCCAGUAAAAAGCCUCUCUGCUGCGAUAGCAGCGCAUUCACAAUGUUUUGCUUCAUCACGGCACAGACAGCAUCUGUCCUGUUAAGGAUUAUUAGCAAAUUCAAACAGGCGCCGUGCUAUAAAAAAAUCUUUUAUUAUCAGCGUGCAAGCGAGUCGUUUCCAAAAUUGCUUUGUCCUUUCUCAGGGUUGUUUGGACAAUCGCUGGGCAUCAUUGUUACCACCAUCAUCAUAGCUUUUACCAUUCUCAUUUCACACUCAAUCUGCAU